GAGGCCAUUGCAAACCACAAUGCCUCUCGACACCAUCUACCUCACCCGUCAUGGCCACCGGCUGAAUUGGACAAUAGACUACAAGACCGGCACCUACCAUGCUCAAUUCCCAACACCGACUGGCAAUCCAGCCGAUCCCACGCUUACCUCGCACGGCGUGCGCCAGUCUCACGAGCUGGCCGCGCAUCUCGCCAGCGACGACUUCCACCCGAAACCCUUCCGCGUCUACUGCAGUCCAUUCUACCGCUGUCUCCAGACGAUCCAGCCCUCCGUUGACGCUCUGAAGGAACUCCACCAGAGGACGUAUUCAGAUGAUAGCAGCACAUCCAAAAACAACGAUAAGCAGAUCGAACGCCACGCGGACUUCGCCGUGCGCGUCGAGCCUGGCCUAGGAGAAUGGUUCGGCCACACCACCUUCUUCACGCACCCGCCACCCGCAACACCGCCAACCCUAUCCACUUACUUCCCAACCCUCAACCUUACGCUCCCAAACAACCCAGACGACGCCUCCGCCCCCUCCAACAAAACCUAUAAACCCUAUAAACCCCACCUCACCCCCUCCCCAACCGGCGAAACCAUCGCAAACCUCCACACUCGCAUCGCCACAACCCUAGCCGCCCUCAUCGCAGACGUCGACGCCGAGAUCGCCGCCCUCGAGGCCGCCCAGCCCGCCCACGAGCCCCGCUCCAGCAAGGCCAUCCUCAUCUGCUCGCACGCUGCACCGCUGAUCGCCAUGGGUCGCGCGUUGACGGGCCUCAUGCCGGAAGAUUCGUCCCAAGAGGAUUUCUUUGUUUUCACGGCCGGGUUGAGUACCUUCCGCCGCCGCCGGUGGCGGCAGCAACGUGGUAAUGGGCAAGAUGGGGCUGGAUGUGGUGUGGAUUCGGUAGGUAGGGAUUUGCGUCGGGGUAGUAGUGGUGCUGGGGUUUCUGGGGGCGAGGAUAAGCAAGAGUGGGUUCUUGCGCCUGGUACGACGAUCCUUCGGGCUGGGAUUACAGUACAGACGGAUUGGCGUGGGGGGAAGGGGGUUGCGGGGGGGUGGGAUUGUGUGCGCAAUGGCGAUUGUGGGUUUUUGAGUCAGGGGGCUGAGAGGGGGUGGCAUUUUAAUGGCGAGGAAGGGUUUGAUACGGGCCCUAUGGCGGCUGAGUCUGCUCCGCCGGUUUCGGGAUUGGAUACUGUGGUUUCUGAGGGGGUGGGGGAACGGGGGAUGAAGUUGUGA